UCUUGUGAACAGCUGGUGGGGGCUCGCGUUGACGGGCUUGAGCCGAGCGGUUGGUUGGUCGAUGGGGAAACAACAACAAGCCAGGCAUCAUGAGAGUCCCCAAAACACUGAUUUGGGCAGCUUUUCUCAUCCAGAAGGUGGUGGGAGAGUACGGCAUGGCCCAUUUCAGUGACAAGGGCAAGAGCAAAGGAAAGGAUUACUGCAUAUUCUUCAACUCAGAGUGGGCACAUCUACCUCAGGACCUCAAUAAGGCAUCACGUCUCCAGAUCGAUGACUUAACACCAUCAGUCCUUUGCUCGGCCUCUGAGGUCCCAGAGGGAGGCUUCCCAGAUCACAUCCCCAUGGUGAUGAGGGGCAACUGCACUUUCUAUGAGAAGGUUCGCCUGGCCCAGAUUAAUGGUGCCAAGGGCCUGCUCAUUGUCAGCAAGGACAGACUGACACCUCCAGCAGGAAACAAGACUCAGUAUGAGGAGAUUUCCAUUCCUGUAGCACUUCUCAGCUACUCUGAUAUGCUGGACAUUAGCAAGACCUUUGGUAAAGGGCGACUGGUUGCAAUGUAUGCACCCAAGGAGCCAGUGGUGGACUAUAACAUGGUGAUCAUUUUCUUGAUGGCUGUGGGAACAGUGGCCAUCGGAGGCUACUGGGCUGGCAGCAGAGACAGCAAGAAACGUUACAUGAAGCACAAGCGGGACGACGGUGCUGAGAAGCAAGAUGAGGAGACAGUAGAUGUCACUCCUAUAAUGAUCUGUGUGUUCGUGGUCAUGUGUUGCAACAUGCUGGUGCUACUCUACUUUUUCUACGACAGCCUGGCCAUUUGGGUGAUUGCGAUCUUCUGUGUGGCUUCCUCUGUCGGACUCUAUAGCUGUCUGUGGCCUUUUGUUCGGAGACUUCCUUUCUGCAAGUGCAGAAUCCCAGAAAACAACCUGCCGUACCUACACAAGCGUCCACAGAUUCGUAUGUUGCUGCUGUCGGCCCUCUGCAUUAGUGUCAGCAUCAUCUGGAUGGUUUUUCGCAAUGAAGACCAGUGGGCGUGGGUGUUACAGGACACCCUGGGGAUCGCCUUCUGUCUCUACAUGCUCAAAACAGUCAGGCUGCCCACAUUUAAGGCUUGCACUUUACUACUGACAGUCCUAUUUGUCUAUGAUGUUUUCUUCGUAUUUAUUACACCCUUCUUCACAAAGAGUGGGGAAAGUAUAAUGGUGGAGGUAGCAGCUGGUCCCUCUGACUCUGCCACACAUGAAAAGCUUCCUAUGGUGCUCAAAGUACCACGGUUGAACUCGUCUCCUCUGGCCCUGUGUGAUCGGCCCUUCUCCCUCCUGGGCUUUGGAGACAUCUUAGUACCAGGUCUGCUGGUAGUAUACUGUCACAGAUUUGACAUUUUAACACAGUCCUCCAGGAUCUACUUUGUGGCCUGUACUAUCGCUUACGGAAUCGGCCUGCUGAUCACCUUCGUGGCCCUAGCCGUGAUGCAGAUGGGCCAGCCGGCCUUGCUCUACCUGGUGCCUUGCACUCUGCUCACCAGCCUCACUGUAGCGCUGUGGCGUGGGGAGUUGCCACAGUUCUGGACUGGAAGUGGAUUUGUGCCUCCCAUAGUGCUCGCACCAAUCAACUGUACACAAACUGCAGCGCCGCAGACAGAGGGGCCCUCGGCUAAACUGGAGCCACAAACCACAGAAGCCACCAAUCAGAGCAAAGACUCGCCCCAACAGCCGUCUCAGGAAAUGUCCCCGGUAGUAGAGAAAGACGAAGAGGAAAACAAGUCUAACUGAAACGACUUCUAGUACGGCAUUUGCCAUUUCACUUCAUGUUUUUGUUAAUUUUUUUUUUCUACGGUGUGUUUCAGUCCAUGGACAUUUUAAGUAUGAACAUUUAUUUGCACUUGGUGUGAAGGGAUGAACAGACUAGAACAGCUCUGUGUUUUCUGAAUGGCUGGCUAAGUGUGGCAACCGGGAUUAGACACACAAGGCCAAAGGACUGAAACUGACAAACAUGACGCAUAUCAAACCUGCACAGCAGCCCCAGCAUCUCCUUCUACUAACACAAAGUUUGCACCACAUGAAAAGGGGAUGAAAAACCAAAGCUACAAACUGAUAAAAAAUAUUUUCAUUAUACUCUGAACAGCCCUAAGAGGCCCAGUCACACCAGCAUUUAUAUGGUGAAGUUUAGCAGCAUUAUUUUUCAUUUCAGGGGAAUUGUCAUUACUGGAUACACCUACGGGUAAUCCACAGUGAUUUUUAAAAAAAAACUCCUUGAAUUUAAUCCUGGUGUUGGUCCAUUCCUCUCUAUUUAAACUUCACUGAUGUAGUAUAAAAUACUUUACACAAGAUAAAAUAUUUGCACUUAAGUGGCGCUGCAGCAGUUAGUCACUGGACAGAACACUAACCCCUUGAAUCCCAAGCAGUUUUUUGGUUCAUUUUUAAUCACUGUGGGCUUGUUUUUCACUACAAUAUAAAUUCCUCCACCUCUAUGGAAACAGCACAACCAUGGCUAGAAAGAGAGAAGUCAAAUGUUUUUGUGCUGUGUAGCAGUUAAAAUGAACUUCAUAGAUUUGCUGUACAAAAAAAAAAUAAAAAAAAUGUACAAUUGAGAUAUGAAACAUUUUUCCACUACAGUGAUGAAAUCCAGACUUUAAGCUCAGUGUUGUUGAAGUUUUUCAAAGUAACAGCAUGUCAUAGAUGAGUAGCUCAAAAACUUUUGGUUGGGGUGAAACCCCAUUUAAACCAGCUAGCAGGUGUUAGAGCUCAGAGAGUUAAUCAGUAUUGUUAAAGAAAAAAUACAGCAAUUUGCUGGUUCCAGCUUCUCAGUUGUGAGGAUUUUAAGCUUUUCAGUGUCAUACAGGAGGGUAUACAUAAAGGAGGGUCACCUGGGGCUGGAAAGAAUUAUAUCUGUCUUUUUUUUUUUUUUUUUUUUUUUUUUAACUGCUUUCUGUAUUUACAUAGCUAAAACACUUGACAGCAGUUUAGCAGAAUAAUUGAUAAUGGGACUAGUCAAUAUUAUUGGUCACCAACCACAAAACCAAAAAUUUCAGUGUGCUGCUUUCUGGUGUGACUGAGCUUUAAAGGUCUCAGUAAGCCUGCCUAUGGCUGAGAUGCAAGUUAAGAUAACAGCACACAGUUUUGGACAAUCUUUCCUCAAAGGAAGUAGUUGUCUUGUGGAUAUAGUUCUCAUAGUUACCAGUUUGUUUUACAAAAGUAAAAAGUUGGUGAGUGUGGCUUCAUCAAUUUUGAAGCUUUCAAACAUUUAAAUUGAAGCAUAUUAAGACAGUUAUUCCCAAAAAGUCAUUUUGAUUGUCUAUAUUCUUCCACCACAUUAUAAACUGCACCAGUGCCAGAAUAUACAGUGGCUAGCUGAAGAGUUUCAAACCCUUUAAAAUGUGGUGCUAUCACAGUGGUUGUCUGAGCCUGACAUAGCCAUUAGAUUUAUUUAUUUUUUUAAUUUGAAGCAUCUGAUCUCAUCAUACUUUUGUUACAUGUAGUUUUGCAUGCUAUGAUUUUGAUUUUACCCUUUAUAUAAAACUGUUGUAUAAUCUAUAGUGCAGACUUUGUAUACAUUAUUGAUGGCACUUGCCACCUCAGUUUUGUUCCCCCAGUAGUUACUAAUAUUGUCUUAAGAAUGGGUUUUGGCCUUACUGUGUCCAUGUUGGGAGGUACAGUGGAAUGUGUCGUGUAAAACUUGGUUUAUAAAAACUAUGAGUACUGUACUCAAAAUGUGCUGCAGUUUAAUGUGUAAACUGAGGAGCUAAUGACCAGUUGUGUUACCAAUGUUCUUAGAGUUUGUACAAAGCAUUUGCACAAUAUUUUGUAAUCCAUGGACUGACAAGUUGUUGGCUCAUGUAUGUAUGUUUAUGUAUAUUCAGAAGGGUUUACAGAAAUGGAACCUGAGCUAAUAAUCCGUAUAUUCAGUAUUCAUUCUGCUUUUGUUUUGUAAGGCUAUUUCUGAGCUGAGGGCGUCCUGUUAAAUACUAGAACCCAGCAGUCACUUUAUUCUGAACACCAGUAUAGGCAUACUUUUGAUACUUGUUCAUUUAUAGUGCCAUCCAACAGAGUUCUGUUCAAAAAGUUGAGCUUAGGGUAAAAAGGAUUUGGUCAAAAGAAAUAAGAGCAGCUUAGAUGUCUGAAUGUGUGCCCUCGGUGAUUCAACAGCACCGGGACAUGAGAUUAUUCAUUCACCAGUAUAGGUUGUUGUCACCAAGUGGUUUUUAAUGCCUCUGUGGAGGAAUACAUAUAAUAAAGAAACAUUGUAUUUGA